AUGACGAGUGCCGCACGGACGACGUUUGGACCGUUCUUCAUCGGGGUCUUCCUGGACAUAGCAUGCAUGGGCAUCCUGUCCGGGCAAGUGUUCCUAUAUUAUUCGUCCUACAAGCAAGAUCGGGUGUGGCUUAAGGCUGUGGUCGUCGUCCUUUUCAUGCUCGAAAUUGCGGAUACCACGUUCGACACGCUGGCGGCGUACGAGCCGCUCAUCAUCCACUUCGACCCUCUGUUCAACGGCAUCAUAGCCGCCAUCGUUCAAGCGUUCUACGCUUGGCGCAUCAGGAAACUCACCCACAACACCUGGGUUGCCGCUCUCAUCUUCAUGAUCUCCCUGGCAUCAUUAGCUGGUUCCGUCGCCACUUUUGUGUCAAUGACACGCACACCGGCCUUCGACACCUUUAGGCAGUUCGAAACUGUUGUUAUUCUUUGGCUUGUGUGCGGAGCCGUUGCGGAUAUCCUGAUUACUAUGGUGUCCGUGUGGCAUCUCAGGAGCAAGAAGACUGGGAUGUCAGUCACCGACAACAUCAUCAACAGGAUCACUCGCAUGUCCCUCGAAACCGGCCUGCUGACCUCGGUAUGGGCGCUGACCGACCUGAUUCUCUUCCUCGUCGUGCCCCAGUCCAUACACCUGACGUUAAACUUGACGCUCUCGAAGCUGUACACGAUCUCUCUCCUCUCCUCCCUCAUCUCCCGGCAAGCCCUGCACCGCGACGCCAGCAACGGACCGCGCUCAGGCUCAAACGGGUCCGGCGGCCUCCGCGCGCGCGGCGUGGCGUUCCUGCGGCGCGAGCCCAGCACGCGGUCCGCGCCCGAGAUCUUCGUCGACGUCGAGUCGCACGAGCGAGUGGACAAUUUCGAGUACGGCAAGGACCAUAUAUACGGCUUGGGAGGCGAGACGGCCAAGGGGUUGUCGAAGACCGACCUGUCGAGCGCGCGCACGCGAGAUUCGAGCAAGUCGUCGCGCACGUGA